AUGAAUACAGGUAGGAUAGAAGAAAUGGGUAAGCUGGUGUGGGAUUUUGAAGAAAUCAUUUGCUUGGAAGCUAAGGAAUCAGCUUGUAGGGGAUAUUUGACGAGCAAGGAGAUUGGGAAGUGCAACUUGCAUGGGUCAGAGUCAACACUCUUUUUGCAAGCUGUGGUGUUUGGUUGUCUUGAGUUAGAGUCAUGGAAAAAAGUGCCUCUCCACUCACUGUUCACCUCUCCUAACCUCACAAUGGGGGAUUUUCGUGCACCAAACUGCCCUUUUGUUAGGUUUCUCUCCCUUUCGUUUCCUUUCGGAUCCAUGGAUUUUAGAGAUGGAGCUCACGAAUUGUCUCGGUGUGUUGUUACUAUUGGAAAUAUCUGGAUUCGACUGCUGUGGCACUUUCUGCAAAUACUUGUCAGCGCAUGGUAUUCCAUAUCAGCCGUGGGUAAUUUGUUUGAAAGCUAUUUCAUCUCGUGUGGAGUACUUGAGAAAUACAAGUCUCUUCAUGCAGAAAAGAUUCGGUAUCUUGCCAUAGUCAUAGAAAGUGAAGAAGCUUAUCAGAUUUCUAAAGUUGUUAGACUGUUGGAGUGGCUGGACUCUAUUGGUGUGAAGAAUGUGUGCCUUUAUGACAUGAAUGGGUUAUUGAAGAAGUCUAGGGAAACCAUAUUUCAAAAUUUGAAGAAUGCAAAAUCCAUUGAGGUACUAUAUAAUUUUAACCUGCAUAUGACUGGUGUCUUUAACUCAGUGCAGGAUGUUAGUCAAUCUGUCGCACACCACGCUCCAGAUCACAUGACUCUAGAAUUUCUCUCUUAUUUGGAUGGGAAGGAGGCAGUGGCCAAAGCAGCUAACUUGGUUUUUGGGGAGAACUUGAAACGUCACAGCUUGGGUGGAGAGUUAGAUGCUCAAAUAUCGUUAGAACUUCACUUGAAUGAAGCAUUGCAAAUUGUUGGUAGCAAAGGCCCUGAGCCUGACCUUUUACUGGUUUAUGGACCUGUGCGGAGCCAUCUUGGUUUUCCUGCAUGGAGACUUCGCUACACAGAGAUCGUGCAUAUGGGAUCAUUGAACUUCAUGAGAUAUGGUUCCUUACUGAAAGUCAUUUACAACUUCACGAAAGUGCACCAAAAUUAUGUUUGGUGCUUUCCUCGUCCUGACAAUGUUGGAACAUCUUCAGAAUUCGCCUUUUCGCGCUCUGUUGUUAUUUGGUUGCUUCCCACCAUGGCUUCAAAAUCCAGAUCCAGUUUAGCUGAAACUCCCAACAAAGAACCUUCAGCUACUCCCAACAAGGCACGACCAUCAACUCUCAACAGAACACCACCUGCCACUCCAAGAGUUAGUAAGCUCAGCAAAGCAGUGUCCAAACGGGAAUCGGAAUCGUUUUCACCUCUGCAAAAUUCGAACUUUCCUACAGAAAAACCGCAUCGAGCUUUGAAUUCAAAGCCCACUUCUGAGCGGAAAUCACUAAGAUUCACUUCCAACCCACUUGACAAACAAUUUCCAAGAGUUGCAAAGGAUUCAGAAUUGCAGGCUCAGUUGAAUCUUUCUCAAGAAGAUCUAAAGAACACAAAGGAACAGCUGAUUCAAACUGAGAAAGAGAAGGCAGAAACAAUUGAUGAACUGAAAGCAGCACAGAGAGUGGCUGAGGAAGCAAAUGAGAAACUCAGGGAGGCGAUGGUGGCUCAAAAGCAGGCUGAGGAGAGUUUUGAGAUUUGGAAGUUCCGAGCCGUUGAGUUGGAACAGGCUGGAAUUCAAGCUGCUCAAAAGAAGGAAGAGGAAUGGCAGAAAGAGCUUGAAAGUGUGAGGAACCAGCAUGCCUUGGAUGUGGCUGCUCUUUUCUCCACUACUCAGGAGCUUCAGCAGGUUAAGCAAAUACUUGCCAUGACUAGUGAUGCAAAGAACCAGGCACAGAGUCACGCUGAACUUCACAUGGUGAAAGCAGAGAUUCUUUCAGCUGAACUGACACAGUUAAAAUUGUUGAAGAAAUCAGCAUUAAUAUCUUUGGAAUCUGUAAUGAAACAGUUAGAACGAAACAAUGAUUCGUUGCUUGAUGCAGAAUCUGAAAUUUCUAAUCUUAAAGAGAAAGUGGGAUUGUUGGAAAUGACAAUUCGGAGACAAAGAGGAGAUCUUGUGGAUUCAGAGCGAUGUCUUCUUGUGGCUAAGGAAGAGAGUGUUGAAAUGUCAAAGAAGGUUGAAUCUCUCAAAAUUGAACUUGAGACGGAGAAGGCUCAGACUUUGAACAAGGAAAAACUUGCAGCUUCAAGUUUACAGACCCUUUUAGAAGAGAAAAACAAAUUAAUUUAUGUGUUGGGCAUUUGUAGAGAUGAAGAAGAAAAGACUAAAAAGGUAAUGGAAAGUUUAGCUGCUGCUUUACAUGAAAUAUCUGCAGAAGCUAGAUAUGCCAACGAAAAACUAUUAGCCAAUCAAGCUGAACUUGAAAACUACGAGACCCAGAUUGAAGACUUAAAGUUGAUUCUACAAAAUACUAACGAGAAAUACGAGUCCAUGCUUCAUGAUACACGUAAAGAUAGUGAUGCUUUUAUAUGCAGUGUUGAAAAUGCCAAGGACAUCCAAAACUACGAGGCAACGAUUGAGUUAAAUCAUAUCACAUCAGCAGAGUAG